UGCAAACUCCACACAGGGAGGCCGAAUUUGAACCAGGGACCUCAGAACUGUGAGACAGAUGUGCUAACCAGUCAUCCACCAUCAUCAUGUAUACAAUUAUAUUAUUUACGAAAAGCAGCAAAAGUAUCAGGCAGAAAAGUUAAAGUCCCUGUAAAAUUAAAAUAAAUGUCUUCUAAAUUUGACAAACCAAAGACAAGAAUGUUUUUAACAAAGCUGUCAAAUACACACAUAAUACAUUGGCGUGGUGCAUAGUUGUCGUCGUCGCCAUUGUAACGAGUGUAUACAGUGGCGUUGACCGGUGUCACGUUUUCUGGUUUUGCCUCUCCGACAGUGUUUGAUUUGACAAGAUAAAGCCCAGUGAUCGUAAAAGACGGGAUACGGAGCUAUCGGAAUAAAUGGCGUGUAGUCUUGCCGCUAUGUGGCUGAGCUACAGCAAGAUUUUAUGGCAGUAGUCUGACAAAUACACGUACAGUAUAGUGUAUGUUUGAGCCGCAAAAAUAUAUCCGCCUAUAGCAGGGUUAUCAAACUCAUUUUUGUCGCAGGCCACAUUGUUAGAACGGCUUUCGUCAGAGGGCUGUUAUGACUGUGAAGCCAUAUAAAUAUUUCAUCCCCUCAUCAUAGUAUUACACUUGCACAACAAAUGUAUGGAUACCUAGUUUUGAAAUCAGAAGUCAAGGAAUAUAGCUUGUUCUGCUAUCGUUCAAGUUACUGUAAAAAGGGGUUUGAUAAUGAAAAACGCUUGCAAUAUUUCAACAUUAUUAUUCAUUCCAUAUAAUGAUAAGAAUUUGUGGUGCAGAGUUUAGCAAGCAUCAUGGAAGUUGAUGCACAUGAUUUGCUUUCACAGGCCACAUAAAAUAAUGUGUCGGGCUGGAUCUGGCCCUGGGCCUUGAGUUUGACACCUGUGGUUUACAGCCUCUACUGGCUGAAAUAUAUCCCACUGAGUCAUCGCGGGGCUUUUCCACACUGGGACGACGAGGCACUCUGAGGCUGUCGGCUGUCACGUCUUACUCCCUAGUAACACGUGUGUCCAGUUUUUUUUUAAAAAUUUUUUUUUACAAUUUUUGUUUGGUGGUGUGCUAUGAGAUUAUUAUUUUUUUAAAUGUAAAAUAUGUGACUUGUCUCAAUAAAGGUUGGGAACUAGUCUGCUCAGGGCCAUCAGAAUUAGUGCUAGCCGAAAAUAAACUACCAAUGGGGCUGUUUCUUUAACCAAUCAGAUUUCGCAUUCAUCCUCCCACCUCGAUGACGUCAGCCUUUUCCCAUCAUCUGAUAGGUUGGUCUAAGCAAAACUUGUUACAGCCAACUUCGACUAGCAAAACACCACGAGCAGUCCGCACACAUCAAUACAUUUAAUAAUCAGCUGGUGCGUUGAUGUGUUUUAUUUACAUUUUGUUCUUUUUUUUGUCAUGUUAAUUAUGUUAUUAGGUAAAUAUUGAGUCUAUUCUAUUACAUAAACAUUGAUUAUGCUCUGUAUAAUGUCCGUUUCAGAUGCGUGCUAUUUCAUUGCAGUUUUGUAUAAAAUAGUUUCUAUAAUUGCAACGCGAUAUGAUAAUGCUGGACGUAAGAGGUGGAUUACGUCCCCACUGAAGACCCAAGUACCAAGUGCACGGCCCCCCACUGCCUCAACUACAUUUUGUGUGCAUGCAUGGAAGAGAUGGGGGUGGGGGGGAUUAGCAAGGGAGACUAUUCACACAAUUCUAUCUAUUCCUCCUCCUCCCCUCCCCGGUCUUUGCAGACAAUGCAGAAAUUAGAACAAAUGUACAUAACGGCUCCAACGCGAAUGAUCGGGGCGACAGCAUUUCUGCACGCAUGGAGAAAGCUGCAAGACGCGGCACCGUCGACACUACCCGCAUUGCAUCACGGACACGACUCGCGGUCCCCCGCUGUCUUCGUCCUCCCACAUCAACCUACCGGAGCCGGCCUAAUAGGACGACUUUAUUUCUUCGCCUGUGGGGAGUCCAGAGCAGCACGAAGACUCAUAAUCGCCGAUGUUGAUAUAGAUCCAAACGGCUCGUUUGUGUGCGCAAAAGCCGCUAAUUACGCGCCGCGCAAUCAACUUUAGAGCCCCGCUGAAUGGAUUGCGCAUCUGCGAGAGGCCAGCGGGUGGCAUCCAGCUAGACCACCCACGCGUGUCAUUUGCAGCCCGAUCACGUUAUCGAUUAAGGAGAGCGGCAAGCACACACAACCUGUGGCUGCGCGCGCCCUUGGUUCAACUUGUUUCCUCUUCCCGCAAGGUGAAAUGAAGCGACGCAGCUGACGAUUUGGAGAAGAGUCACCCAGGAGAAAGGUAGGCUAAAUGUAUGGGCGGUACACCCAGGAGCUGGGUGUCUACGCCAAGGCGGAAGCAGCCCGCCUACGGGAUGGCGGCGUGCGGAACGGCGGAGGUCUGCGGCGGAACACCGGCGUCCGAAGUCGCUCAGCGGACCUGCAAGAGUACCAGAAAGACCCGUGUGCAAAGUGCCAAUCGUGUGCAUCCAGCUGCCAGAAGUUCCUGAUCUCGCGGGUGGGUGAGGACUGGAUCUUCCUCAUUCUGCUGGGGCUGCUCAUGGCGUUGGUCAGCUGGGUCAUGGACUACGCCAUCGCCUUCUGCCAAGAAGCACAGAAGUGGAUGUACGGCGGCCUGGACAGUAAUCUGCUGCUGCAGUACAUCGCCUGGGUCAGCUACCCCGUGGUGCUCAUCACAUUCUCUGCAGGAUUUACCCAGAUCCUGGCUCCUCAGGCCGUGGGCUCGGGCAUUCCGGAGAUGAAGACCAUCCUGAGGGGAGUGGUCCUCAAGGAGUACUUGACUUUUAAGACGUUUGUGGCCAAGGUCAUCGGGCUCACCUGUGCCCUGGGCAGCGGGAUGCCUCUGGGGAAGGAGGGGCCUUUCGUCCAUGUUGCCAGCCUGUGCGCCGCCCUUCUCAGCAAAUUUACGGCUGCUCUUUUUGGUGGAAUCUGCAUGGAAGAACCCUUUGAGGGAAGCAAGAACGAGUUGAGAAACACUGAAAUGCUGUCUGCUGCUUGUGCGGUGGGUGUGGGCUGCUGCUUUGCUGCACCUAUUGGAGGGGUGUUGUUCAGCAUCGAGGUCACGUCGACGUUUUUCGCGGUAAGGAACUACUGGAGGGGCUUCUUCGCUGCUACCUUCAGUGCCUUCAUCUUCCGAGUGCUGGCCGUGUGGAACCAGGAAGAAGAGACCAUCACUGCUCUCUUUAAGACUCGCUUCCGUCUGGACUUCCCCUUCGACCUUCAGGAGCUGCCGGCCUUCGCCGUCCUCGGGAUCGCCUGCGGUUUCGGUGGCGCCCUCUUUGUCUACCUGAACCGGCUCAUCGUGGAGUGCAUGAGGAAGCAGAAGACCAUUAACAAGCUCUUGCUGAGGAAUCCGUCUCUUCCUGUCAGGCGUUUGGCGUAUCCAGCGCUCGUCACCCUGCUGGUGUCCACCCUCACGUUCCCGCCGGGCUUCGGGCAGUUCAUGGCAGGCCAGCUGACGCAGCACGAGUCGUUGGUGGCGUUGUUUGACAACCGCACGUGGUGCCGCCAAGGCGUGGCCGAGGAGUUCGACUACAUCAGCCACCACCACGGCUGGAAGCACCCCCAGGUCAACGUCUUCAUCACGCUCGUCCUCUUCAUUGUCAUGAAGUUCUGGAUGUCCGCCGUGGCCACCACCAUGCCCGUUCCGUGUGGGGCCUUCAUGCCAGUUUUCCUCAUCGGUGCAGGAUUUGGCAGACUUGUCGGAGAGAUCAUGGCUGCCAUGUUUCCUGGUGGUAUCCAUGCCGACGGCAGCGUGUAUCCCAUAGUGCCCGGCGGUUAUGCUGUAGUGGGUGCCGCAGCGCUGUCCGGGGCCGUCACCCACACCGUGUCCACCGCAGUCAUCGUCUUUGAGCUGACCGGUCAGAUCUCGCAUAUCCUGCCCGUGAUGAUCGCGGUGAUCCUGGCCAACGCCGUGGCCCAGGCGCUCCAGCCAUCGCUGUACGACUCCAUCAUACGCAUCAAGAAGCUGCCCUAUCUUCCGGAGUUGGGCAUGGGGCAUCACGAGAAGUAUAAUAUCCGCGUGGAGGACAUCAUGGUGCGGGACGUACGCUUCAUCACGCUCACCUCGUCCUAUCGGGAGCUGCAGGAGAUGCUGGUGACCGGUCAGCUCAAGACGCUCGCCUUGGUAGAAUCUCGAGACUCCAUGAUCCUCCUGGGCUCCAUCGAGAAGCUUCAGCUCCAGUCUUUGCUCUCACUGCAGCUGAGCCGCCAGCGCCGCCUGACCCAUCUGCGCCAGCUGGUCCUGGACAGCGACGCCAACGACAACCUGACCAGCCUCACCAGCCUCACCAGCGACAGCGCCCCCACUUCUCCACGCAACAGCAAUGCUCAUCAAGGGGUUCGCUUCCUGGUGAGCACCCAAGAGAUCUCCACAGAGGAGUCCUCUUCCUUCAGCCGGGUGGGCUCCAACAUUCAGCUUCCUCUUAAAUCGGCGCUGAAAAGCGUGUCGGCCGUCAGCAACGCCGACACGCCCGACAGCUCUCAGACACUGUCCUGUGCUGACCAAGACAAGGAGCUGUUAGAGAGUCCAUCUGAGUCGGUCCCGUCUGAAAGAAGGAAGGCCAAACGUGUGAGGAUCUCCAUGGCGGAUUCAACUGAUGUAGAAGAUUGUAUGAGCCCAACUGAGGUUGCCGAGUGGGAGGAACAGCAGCUAGACCAGCCGCUGGAUUUUAAGAACUCCAAGAUUGACCCAGCUCCAUUCCAGUUAGUGGAGCAAACCUCCCUGCAUAAGACCCACACCAUCUUCUCCCUGCUGGGUCUGGAUCACGCCUACGUGACCAGCAUGGGCCGUCUGGUUGGUGUCGUCUCUCUCAAAGAGCUCCGUAAGGCCAUCGAGGGCUCAGUGACGGUGACCGGCGUGAAGGUGCGCCCCCCUUUGGCCAGUUUCCGUGACAGCGGCAACACCAGCAGCAUCUCCGAAGUAACGGAGCUCCACAAGCUGUGCAUCCGCCACCGGGGGCUCUCGUUGCCGCGGGAACCAAACCCGCCGGACCAGGUGGACGACCAGCCGGACGUGGCGUACCAGGAGAUGCCCGUCGACGUGUCGGACCAGACCGGCUUGCGGUUCGAAGCCGGCCCAGGCGAGGCGUCGCACCCUUUGUCGGAGCUCCAGGAGAGCCCGUCGUUCGCCGAGGACCAAUCGGAGUUUACCUUUGACUGCAGCCCCUCCCACACUGAGGAGUCCGAGCUGGUUUGUGACUUUGAGCCACCGCCGGGCCAAACUUCUGAGCCAGACCAAGUGGAGCAAGCAAGCAGGAGUCCGCCUCUUAGCGGGGACCUAUCAGAAUCCGAAGGGGCGAGACCAUUCGCUAACACCCAAUCGGAGUGAUAAAUGUUGACAUUGCAUCCAUUUGUAUACCUACAAUACCAUAGUUCCAUUUAAAUACUGCCUUGUUUAAGCAGCAGUUUGGCUAUGUUGGGAAUCACUCCCUAUCCACUAUUUAACAUCCUAAAUAGUCGGUUUGCCAUUUUUUAGGGUUCUUCAAAUGUGUUCAAGUUAUCCCGACAUCAGUGGUUCUUAAACUUUUGAGACCAAGUGACAAACAUUGCAAUUCAUCAAAAACAAAACAGUUUUUAUUCCUAAAAAGUACAUUUCGUAUUACUGUCAGCCACAUGCAUAUACUCAUAAACAAUACUCACAGGCACAUUCUUUAUCCUCUGCAAAAAACGAUUAUUACUGCAGUUUACUGAGUCAGUAUGACUGUAUUAUACUGUCUCCCGGUGGCCAAGUCUCACACAACAAAAGGAGCUGCAAUGAAUUACUCGUGAUGCGCAAACUGUCAAAUUCUUGACAUUCUAUUCAAUUGUCAUUUCAAUAUAUUUUUCCAAAGUACAAUAUUAUAGUGCAAAUUUCCUCAUUAAAAAACACUUGAUGACUUUUUAAAUUGUUUUUGGGGGGCAGAACGGCUUAAUGGCAUUUCCAUUUGUUUCAAUGGGCAGCAAUGAUUUGCGUUGCAAGCAUGAGCGCGGAAUGAAUUAAACUCGUAUUUCAAGACACCACUGUAUUGCAAAUAAAAGAUCAAUUGUACCUAAAUAAAUGUUUGAAAGCAAACUAUUGAAGUUAAAUACAACUGAACUGUAGUUUAGGGAGUUAUAUUUGUUUUCUUUUUCCAAAAUUUUUAUUUAUUUUUUGCCUGCCACUAGAGAGAGCCGUGUACCACUACACAUACCACACUUUGAGAAUCACUGGUCGAUAUAGUGCACUCAGUCUAUCCCACUAUGCAUCUUGUAAAGUAGUUGAAUGAUGCUCACGGGAAAACAAUGCAUUGCGCCGAGACAGAAAAAAAUCAUUUAUCCGCGUUCGACGAUUUUGACCCGAGGUAGAUGCUUCCAAGCCAUAAAUAUUUUGCCUCACCCACUCUUGAAAUGAUGCAGGGAUUGCAGAUUUUUGUGAUAAUACAUUGCAGUCAGGCGGCACGACUGGUUAGAGCGUCAGCCUCACAGUUCUGAUGACCCGGGUUCAAUCCCCGGUCCCGCCUGUGUGGAGUUUGCAUGUUCUCCCCGUGCCUGUGUGGGUUUUCUCCGGGCACUCCGGUUUCCUCCCACAUCCCAAAAACAUGCAUUAAUUGGAGACUCUAAAUUGCCCGUAGGUGUGAAUGUGAGUGCGAAUGGUUGGUUGUUUGUUUGUAUGUGCCCUGCGAUUGGCUGGCAACCAGUUCAGGGUGUACCCUGCCUCCUGCCCGAUGACAGCUGGGAUAGGCUCCAGCACGCCCGCGACCCUAGUGAGGAGAAGCGGCUCAGAAAAUGGAUGGAUGGACAUUGCAGUCAUAUCAGAGCUUUUAAUUGGCCCAAGUCAUUGGUUUAUCUUUAUUAGCAUGCCAUUCCCCAUAUGUAGUUAUUCGCUUUAAAAAAAAUAAUUCGGCAUGGUAAUUUUUUAGUUAUGCCUUGCAGACCACCGGGUAUCCCUGAACUCCAGUUUGAGAACUACUGAUUUUGCCAAUCCAAUCAAAGUGCCAGCCUUAUCUGCACCCCAGACUAAUAGAGGGCAGCAUAUUCUACUUCAUAGGUUGACUUUGCCCGAUCACACACAUUUGAUUGUACGGCAAUACCUCAUGUCUACGUGGUUUUUCAUUACGGUAAAGUAGGGGUGGGGAACCGACGUGGUACAAUAUUUAACCCACGAAUGCUCACAAUAUACAGAUGCAUCUCACUAAAUCAGAAUAUGGUAGAAAAGUUGUUGUUUUUUUUUCAAUAGUUUCACUCAAAAAGUGAAACUCAAUAAAUACUUGGGGAUUUGCUUUUGAAAAAUAUUUUCCCAUCUAAAAAUCUAUAUUAAAAAAAAGUUUUGAUUUGAACAUCACGUUCUAAUUCCUUGAGAUGGUGAAUUUUGGUUAAUUUCCAUUUGCCUUAAGCUAUAAUAUUUAAAAUAACUGGUUUUAAGUCAUAAGUUGCACUUUGUGUUGAAUUGUACUACUAAAAUAGAUAAUUUCCCACCAUAUUCAAAUUUAUGAUAAUGCACCUGUAUAUAUGUAUUUUUGUACAAAUGCUCUUGAUGUAGGCAGCACGGUGGACGACUGGUUAGUCCUCACAGUUAUGAGGACCCGGGUUCAAUCCCCGGCCCCGUCUGUGUGGAGUUUGCAUGUUCUCCCCGUGCCUGCGUGGGUUUUCUCCGGGUACUCCGGUUUCCUCCCACAUCCCAAAAACAUGCAUGCUAGGUUGAUUGAAGACUCUAAAUUGCCCGUAGGUUGU